UGAUUGCCUGCUAACCAUUGAACAAGUUGUUUAUUCCAGCAGACCGGACCUGAGGGACGAACCUUUGAAGGAUCCUGAUCUGGAACUGUUUACGGAUGGAAGCAGUUUCAUGCAAGAAGGAAGGCGAAUGGCCGGGUAUGCUGUUGUUACCACCGACAAGGUUUUGGAGUCAGGGACGCUACCUGCAAAUACAUCAGCGCAGAAAGCAGAAUUGGUGGAGUUAAAGCAGGCUUUACGGAUGGCAGAAGGGAAAAGGGUAAACAUAUGGACGGAUUCCAAAUAUGCAUUUGGUGUGAUCCAUGCUCUUGGAGCUAUCUGGAAAGAAAGAGGACUGUUAUCAGCCCAGGGAUCACCAAUAAGACAUAAGGAGGAAGUUCUUCAACUCCUACAAGAUGUGCAGAAACCAAAGGAAGUGGCUGUAAUGCAUUGCAAGGCUCAUCAAUUCGGUCAGACGGCUGUAAAUGUAGGUAAUGGGCUGGCAGAAAAAGCUGCAAAGGAGGCUGCAGAACAAGGUAUCCUUGCACUAGUACCAGUAAAACAGAUGAAAAUUCCAAAUUUAAAAGCAAGAUACAGUAAACUAGAUGAACAAUUGGCAGAGCACUUAAAGGCAUCUCAGAAUACGGAAGGAUGGUGGGUAACACCAGAAAAUCAGGUAAUAGUUACCCCACAAGUUAUGAUAGAACUUGCAAAAGAAAAACAUGAGCAGACACAUUGAGGUGUGGAUGCUAUGGUUACAAGUUUAAGAACACCUGUAAUGUGUCUAGGAUAGGAAAAUAUGAGUGGAAGUAUUGAAAAGUUAUUAUUUCAAAACUUCCAAAGGGGGGAAAUGUAACUGUGGGAUAGGGGCCGUGAAACAGAAACUAUAGAAUCAGCUUGAGAUAAUUAGUUUGUAACCAAGGUAAUAGGUAAUGAAGCUAACUGACCAUGGCAAGGUACAACGCUGCUAAGUUCCAUGUACAGUUCCUACCCAACCGGACAAUAGGUCCGGAGAUAUUAAUCUUAUGAAGUAAGUUGUUAUGGAACAGGUGCAUCCACAACAAUGAUACUGCGCACGCCUGUGAGAAGAGGGUCAUCCAGCGGGCAUGGGUGCAAGACCACUGACGACCACCAGAGACCCCUUGAAGACUACCGACUCAAAUCACUGAGCAUGUGUGACAGGGAGGAGAAUAUGUAAAUGAAUUCUAAGAAAUUAUUAUCAUAGGACCACCUUUUCUGAGAAAAACGAUGAAUAUGUAUGUUUUGAUCCUACAUAACCUGUGUGUGGGUGAUCACCUGGCAUGCACGUUGGGUGGAGCUAUCCCCCGUUCAUCCAGCGCUGCAAAAAAGAAUGCCUGCCUUUUAACACUCAUUGGUAUUACGAGGUUUAUUCCCGGGUUUCGGUCUUGGUCCACAGGUGGUGGGUCAACAACAGUGUGGCGCAUGUGCUCGCCUUUAUACUGUUCUGCCCCUCAGGACGACCCUUGGGGCAGUAACAUGCAGAUGUUUUGCACCUGUGCAGUCCAUUAUUCUGGAAGGUUCAAGGGUUCACAUCUGCACAGUUUGACAUUCCAGGGAGUUCUGGAAUUGGGUUGGGGGGGCUCCUCCGGGGUCCCAGGUGUCCGGCACAUGCCCAAAGCAGCUGCUGGAAAGUUACCAGAGGAGGCAGAGGGAGACAACCCACCACCCCACCUGCGCAGCACCCCUGCUGCCCCGGACACCUCUGCAGUACCUGAGGCAAGCACAAGUUAUUUGAGACAAAGCAGGGUACUUGUGGCUCUUCAACAGUCUUUGACACCACCCUGUGAGAGAAAACUGGGUAUUUGUGGCCUUUCAACAGUCUCUGACAGAUUGCCCUGACCCAUGUGCAGAACCUUGCAUUUGGCCUUGUUGAACUUCAUGGAGUUCACAUGGGCCCACCUCUCAAUCCUGUCAAGGUCCCUCUGGAUGGCAUCCCUUCCCUCCAGAGUGUCGACUGCACCACACAGCUUGGAGUUGUCAGCAAACUUGCUGGGUGUGCACUCAAUCCCAUUGUCCAUGUCACUGACAAAGACAUUAAACAGUGCUGGUCCCAGUACCGACCUCUGAGGAACGCCACUCAUCACUGGUCUCCACUUGGACACAGAGCCUUUGACCUCAACUCUUUGCAUGCAACUAUCCAUCCAAUUCCUUAUCCACCUAGUGGUCUAUCCAUCGAAUCCAUGUCUCUCCUGAUACCUGUGAAUAUUGAAAUUUUAAGAUCAAUUCAAGCAAUUAGAGCCAUUGCUCAAUAGAUGUAACCAAACAAAAGGGAAACCAUUGUAACUUAGAAAAUAAUUAGUUGUAAGAUAAGAAGCUCUGGAACAAUCUCAUUUUAAACAGCUCGGCCUUGGAAGAACAGAUGCACAAAGAUAACAAAUUUACAAGGUGAUCACAAAACCAGCCUUGAGGGAUAAGUUAUACCUGAUAUCAGGACUGAGCCUGAAGAACCCCGACGACCACCUGGAGGUGCUAACAAACAUGCAUGAAAGACAUUAACAUAUGCUAACGAGUUCCUGGAAAAUCCAUGAAUGUGAUAAGCACUACUUGGAAAUAUACUGAAUAUGUAUAUUAACAUAGUAUAAAUACUUGCUAGUUUUGUCUUUUGGGUGUGCACAUUAGGUGGAGUUAUCCCGUGUGCACCCAGCGCUGCAAUAAAGAAUGCCUGCUUUCUAAAAC